CUCAAACACACACACACACACUGAUGGAGUACACACACUUGCUGCUGCUGCUGUGGGUCAGCGUGCUCAUGCCAGGGCCGCGGACAUGCUUUAAUAUUGACACAAGACGUGCAAAAGUCAUCAAGGGCUCGAGGGAAGCUCAGUUUGGAUAUACAGUUCAGCAACACGAGGCCGAUGGGCAGAAAUGGCUCCUCGUUGGAGCUCCCUUCGAGACCAGCGGUGAACACCAGACAGGUGACGUCUACAGAUGUCCACUAGAUAGCAAACGCACAAACUGCACACGACUGCAUCUAGGAAAGAUAUCCCUGAACAAUGUUUCCGAACGCAGAGAUAAAAUGAGGUUGGGAAUGACUCUGGCUACAAACCCGAAGGAUAACAGCUUUGUGGCAUGUGGGCCGCUGUGGUCCUAUGAGUGUGGAAGUUCCUACUACAGUACUGGCAUCUGUUCAAGAGUCGACAGCAGCUUCAACUUUACCCACAGCAUCGCUCCAGCCUAUCAGAGAUGCGAGACCUACAUGGAUAUAGUGAUUGUGUUAGACGGGUCCAACUCCAUCUACCCCUGGUACGAGGUUCAGGAUUUCCUGAUCAAUGUGCUACAGAAGUUUUACAUCGGUCCAGGACAGAUACAGGUAGGGGUCGUCCAGUACGGUGAAAGAGUCGUGAAUGAAUUUCGUCUGGAUGAUUUCCGUACGGUUGACGAGGUUGUGGCAGCGGCUAAAAAUAUCGACCAGCGAGGCGGAGAAGAAACACGGACUGCUCUUGGGAUUAAUGUGGCUCGAACUCAAGCAUUUAAACACGGAGGUCGUCCAGAUGCUAAAAAAGUCAUGAUUGUGAUCACGGAUGGAGAAUCGCACGACAGUCUAGACCUGAAGGCGGCCGUGGAGGAAAGUGAGAAGGAUAAUAUCACCCUGUACGGCAUUGCGGUUCUUGGCUAUUAUAAUCGACGAGGGAUCAAUCCUGAAGCAUUUCUGAGGGAAAUCAAGUUCAUCGCCACCGAUCCAGACGAGCACUUCUUCAGUGUCACAGAUGAGUCUGCUCUGAAGGAUAUCGUUGAUGCUCUGGGAGAGAAAAUCUUCAGCUUGGAGGGCACCAACCAGAAUGGUACGGCCUUUGGUUUGCAGAUGUCUCAAGCCGGAUUCUCUUCACAUAUCGUAGAGGAUGGGAUUCUAGUUGGUGCUGUUGGCGCAUAUGACUGGAACGGAGCGGUUCUGAAAGAGACCCGUCAUGGUAAAGUCAUCCCACCAAAGUCCUCUUAUAUGAAAGAGUUCCCAGAGGAGCUGAAGAACCAUGGAGCGUAUCUGGGGUAUAUGGUGUCAUCGGUGGUCUCUGCUCAUCACGGUCAGCUGUACGUUGCUGGAGCGCCUCGAUUCAACCAUACAGGGAAAGUGGUCAUUUUCACUCUGACCAACAGCGGAAACCUCACCAUACUCUAUUCUCUCUACGGAAAGCAGAUCGGGUCGUAUUAUGGAAGUGAACUGGCACCGAUCGAUGUGGAUGACGACGGAUUAACGGAUCUUUUACUGGUCGGAGCUCCAAUGUACUUCUACAGAGGAUGGGAGAAAGGCAAAGUUUACAUCUACGCCACAAGUUUACAGGGCUCUUUCAUACCAGAUGGAACUCUUGCACCAUCAGAACAUUCCCAUGAUGCUCGGUUUGGAGCAGCCAUGUCGGCUCUCCCGGAUCUGAAUGGUGAUGGUUUCAGCGAGCUGGUAGUCGGUGCCCCAUUGGAGGACAAUCACAGAGGAGCCAUUUAUCUCUUCUACGGCCAGAAAAACAGCAUACAAACCAAAUACAAACAGAGAAUAUCAGGCAUUGAGCUGGCUCCAGGUCUGCGUUAUUUCGGCCGCAGUGUGCACGGGAUGAUGGAUCUGAAUGGAGACGGACUCAUAGAUCUGUCUGUGGGCUCUUUUGGGGCUGCAGUUCUGCUUUGGUCUCGCAGUGUCGUCCGUGUUGGGAUCAGUGUUCAUUUUGAGCCUUCGAAAAUCAAUGUUUUUAAUAAAGACUGCAUUCGAGGAGGUCGUGAGGUGUCGUGUAUGUUGGCCACGGUUUGCCUGAACGUCACAGCGAUGACGCCGAUGACGGAACCAAAAAGAGUCGCUUUGAGGUACAGCUUUGGUUUCGAGGAGAGCAGAUAUUUCCCUAGAGCUGUGUUGGACAGCACAGAAGAGAGCAGAGAUGUCACUCUGCGGCCCGCAGCGCAACACUGCCAACAACUCCACUUCCACGUUCAUGAAGUGACGGACUACACGCGACCUUUGACCUUCACUGUAAACGUGGGUCUGCAGAGAGCAGAUGAAGGACCGGUGCUGGACGACGGCUGGCCAAUAAGCCUGAAGUCAGAGCUUCCUUUCUGGAACGGCUGUGAUAAUGAUGAUCAGUGCGUUCCUAACCUCAUCCUGCAGAGCAGCUCCGACUUAUUAGAUCUCAGGGAGUUCUGCAGCCGUGAUGAGCGCUCCUCGUGGCCGCCGUGUGUCCAUCAGAGCUCCAUAAACAGCCACGAGCGUUUGCUGGAGUCCAGCAGGAGGAAAGUAGUGGUGGAGACGCACUUGGAGAACAGAGGAGAAAACGCAUACAACACCAUCCUGCACAUCACACACUCUCCAAACCUGCAGUUCUCCAGUCUGGUGGUGAAGGCACCGUCAGACAUUGCGAUCGAGUGCCCGAACUCUGACGAUAUGAGUCUCUACCGAACCUGCAACGUUAGCGCGCCGUUCAUGAGGUCCAGCGCUCAGGUCUAUUUUCGCCUGGAGUUUGAGUUCAGCAGAUCUGUCUUCUUAAACUAUGUCAACAUCUCACUGAGGGUCUCCAGUGAAGGUGAAGAGAUGUUUCCAGAGGACAACCUCAAUAACAUCCAUCAUAAUCUGAAAUAUGAGGCUGAUAUUCUCUUCACAAGAGACUCCAGUCCGUCCCGUUUUGAGAUCAAACCUGAACAGGCUCAGAGCAUCCCUGUCGGGUCUGGACCACCGUUUAACCUCUCUUAUCAGAUCCAGAAUCUUGGCCUGUUCCCCGUAUCUGAGCUUCUCUUCACAUUAAACGUCUUCGCCGUGACCAGAAAAGCAAACACUCUUUUGCACCUCUCAGACCUGUACAUCCAGCAGAUGUCAGGAUCGCUCUGCAGUUUUCCACGUGUCAUCACCGCCGGCUCAUCCUCGCAGGAAGAAGAUCUUUCCCUCAAUGCACACAUGAACGCCUCCACCAGCGACGCAUUAUUAGCACAGUGCAGAUUCAACCUGUCUCCACAAGCAGACGUUAGCAUCACCGUCACAGGAUGGCUCAAUCUUCACACUUUAUUAGCUGUGAAGUUUAAGCGUUUGGAUCUGGUAAUGACUGCGGCAGUUGAAUUGAGCCCUUCAAACCCAAUGUUUCUCCACGAGGAACGGCCUAUGAGACACAUUAUCCUGGAGAUUAGAAAGGAGGAAGAUUACCGGAUCCCCGUCUGGGUGAUCAUCGGCAGCACUCUGGGAGGACUGCAGCUUCUGGCCCUGCUGGUGCUGGCCCUCUGGAAGCUCGGAUUCUUCCACAGGCAAAAGAGAAAGAGAGACGAGCAGGAAGCCAAUGAGAAGACAACAGAGGAUCGGUAACAACAUGGCAACCACCUCAGCCAAUCACUCAGGGACUCUCCAGACGCGGGAGUGUGUCAGCCAAUCAGCUGCUCUCCAGCGCUCCCGCAAGUCUAAUGCACAACCAAUCAGCUCGCUUCUCUAGGACGAGCGGCCAAUUAAAAGUGAAAUCUAAACUAGUAAACGAAAAAUGCUAAUGAAUAGUCUUCAGUUUUGAACCAGAGUGAGGUUUUGGUGCUGAUAAAAUGUUAUCAAUAUUACAAAAAUGAAUAAUAAAUGUGUAUCAUAAAACAAACCUCAGAUUGUAGACCUUCAGCAUAAACUCGAGCUGAUGCACUUGCACAUUGUAAAGAAUUUUGAACUUGAAAUUUGUAAAUACCAAAAGUUCAGCAAUAUAAUGUCAUACAAUGGUAGAAUAUUUAACCUUAAAAUUAUUAAUAUCGUGCACCUUAAUGCAUUUUAUUGCUCAUGACUGUUUUGUGUAUAGAAAAAGUGCUUUUUUAUUGUACCUGGUCAUAAUUUUAUAAUACAGUUUGAGUUUUAUUGCGGGAAGAUUUUAUUCUAUGUAUUUUUCUGUGUUUUUAUUAUUAUUGUUUGGAAUUGGUUAAAAGGUUUAAGGGUAGUUGAAGUAAUAACCAAAAGACCAAAAUGCAAACUUUUUCAAAAACAGGUUUGAGUCAUUUUUUAAAGUGUAAUCAAAAACAAAAAAAAAACGUGUGUGUAUAUAUAUAUAUAUAUAUAUAUAUAAAUGUAAAUAUAUAUAUAUAUCAGUGGUGUAGUCCUUGCUAUACGCACGUAUACUCAGUAUGCCUACUUUUUUCACGAGCUGUUUGGGUAUUACGACUUCUGAGGAUCAUACUCUCGGUAUACUCACUUGUUUUCGUGAUUAGACUUCCCUAAUUUUUGUGUAUUGAGUUUUUGAGUUUUUCGAAGAUCACAACAAAUCAGCUGAAUGAUGUCUCGCUGAAACGUUCAAGUAAAAUUAUAAAACAGCAUGGGCGUUGCUUUAGCCCUCGUAUUUUCCAUUCAGCCCCCCAACACUUUUGCGAUUACCUGUACACUACUAAAUGAUCGCCUCAGUCCCCUUUAAAUUUGAUAUAAAAACAGCGGCAGAAUCCCGCUCCUGAACUCGUUUUUUAGCUAGUCAGCAAACUACCACAGCUGUGCAGUGCAGUGUGUGUGUGUAUAUAUAUAUAUAUCAAAUGAAUCAAAGAUACAUUGACUUUCGUCGUUUCUUUGCCUAAUAGUACACCACCUAUUUUUUUAGGACUACACCACUGAUAUACAUAUAUAUACUGUUAAAUACAAAACUUGACCAAACCAAAACCAUAUAUCAACCAUAAAACAACCAUCUAUUGGUUGCCAUCCAGGGUUGCGUUUCUGAAAACCAUCGUUAGUCAACUAGGGUAGCAAGUUCCAUUGUUACAAACAUAGUUCGUUAAUUUUGCGUUUACCAAAUCCAUUGUUGCAACAAACAUUCGCAAAUUGCAUCGCAAACUUAUUCGCUUGCAACUACACCUCUAGAGCUGUAGUUAGAAGCAGAGUUCCUGGUUGUGUUCUGUUCCCACUUAUCCCCCUAAGCCCUUUUCCAUUCCAACGUUCAACAUUUAAACUUGGAAGAUUAACAAAUAAAAGUAUUAAAGUAUUAAAGCUAUCUCUCUUAGGUGCUUUCAAAGUAUUUUUUACAGUUCAGUUUGAGCGAUCUUCACAUUGACAAUUGUGUUCUCUUCCUAGUGCAAUUUGAAAACAUUUAUGCCAUUUUGAAUGCAGCCGUGGCUCAUGAUGAAAGCUAUUAUUAAGAAUAUUCUCAAUAAUAUAUGUAAAGGAAACAUAGUUUUUACCAAAACUAAUAUGAAUUUUUUUUUUAAUGCGUGUGCGUGUAACACAAUAUAAUUUGCACAAAUAAUAAUGUGUUUUUUCUCUAAAGAAGUUUUUACUGCGCUCCGUUUAGAGCAUCAUAAUGGAUGUUUUACGUUAUAACUAACGUGGUACAACUGAUGGAUCUGCGACAGCAACUACGGUUUGGGAAACACUCAUCACUACAUCGUACUAUGAUAAUUCAGCCACGAGUUAUGUCAUUGUUUGGGAAACGCACCCCAGAAAAGCAUUUUUUGUUUUUUUUUUUCAUUUUUGUGAAUUGUUUUGCCAAAUUUUGUCCAAAAAAAAAAUAUCAUCUUUCAUUUAAUUUGCAGUUUUUUCUUUGCAAAAACGUCCUUUGUUAUGUUUUAACCAUUUGUUUUUUAUUCAGUUCACUUCAUUGAGAAAUCUUUAAAAAUGCAAUAAAAAUGCAAUAUUCAGUAUAAUCUCCAUUUAUAUCAUCACAAUUAAAUAUUUAGCAAUAAGGCAAGAAUUCACGAACAUAUUCUUGACAUCUCAACUACCCUUAAACCCAAUAUUCGUAUCAGCGUGUCUCAAAAACAGUGGCUGCGAUUAGAACCAAACACUAGUUUUCUGCUUAAUAUAACCUUAUAUUGCAUACUUUCAAGAUAUUUGGUCAAACUGUGAGUCAGUAAACAGAUUUUGCACAUUUGGAGAAAUAAAAAAAUAGCGCAUUUUGCACAGUAUACAUAUUCCAGCAAUAAUAAUUCAUGUAGGUAUGCUGUUUUGAACACCGUCACUCUGACAGAAUUGUAUUUUAUGACAUGGCUUUACAAGCUUUCACAAUAAAACAGGAUGAAGUGAAUUUUACAGUCACUCGCUCAACUUGUCAUUAUUUAUAUCUGCAUUUUAUCGCAUGUAAAGAUGACAAACAAAUGCUCAAUGUGUUUAAAACACUGAAUAAAUUAAAAUCACCUGAAAA